UCUCUGCCCCAACUCUUCCCCGCCCCUAGCGCUCUCCGCCUCGCUCGCCUCCUGUCUUUCCCCUCCCGCUCCAUCCGGGUUGCUGACGGCUGGCUCUGGGCUAGAGAGCAGUGGCGGCUGCUCUUCUCUGAGGAACCCGGUAAAGUUUCACAGGAGCCGAAGAGGUGAGCAGCGGAGCAGCUUCACCGACGCCGGAGGAGCUCUGGUGUUCGCAGCCACUGGCUGAAGGAGGAGGGUCCGGGAGCUGGAGACCUGUCUCAGCUGCUGCGCUGCCUCCCUCUUGCGGGAGGCGCCGCCCCCAGCCGCCCUGGGCUUCUCCUGCCUUGAGGGGCAGGACAUAGGGAUACCUCCAACUUGCCAGUGUUUCAGAAGGGAGUGUUUUAUUGAAACUGGAAGACCAAAAGAAUUACAAACAUGUUGUGCUGGGGAAAUGCAUCUUUUGGACAGCUAGGUUUGGGUGGAAUUGAUGAAGAAAUUGUACUAGAGCCCAGAAAAAGUGACUUUUUUAUAAAUAAAAAGGUUCGAGAUGUAGGAUGUGGACUCAGACAUACUGUAUUUGUUCUGGAUGAUGGAACAGUAUACACAUGUGGAUGUAAUGAUCUAGGGCAACUAGGUCAUGAAAAAUCCAGAAAGAAACCAGAGCAGGUUGUUGCGCUGGAUGCCCAAAAUAUCGUAGCUGUUUCGUGUGGAGAAGCUCAUACAUUAGCAUUAAACGACAAGGGCCAGGUGUAUGCUUGGGGUCUCGAUUCUGAUGGACAGCUUGGCCUGCUAGGAUCAGAGGAAUGUAUCAGAGUACCCAGAAAUAUUAAAAGUUUGUCGGAUAUCCAGAUAGUACAGGUUGCUUGUGGUUACUAUCAUUCACUUGCACUUUCUAAAGCAAGUGAAGUCUUCUGUUGGGGACAGAAUAAAUAUGGCCAGUUGGGUUUAGGCGUUGACUGUAAAAAGCAAACUUCACCACAACUGAUUAAGUCUUUACUUGGAAUCCCUUUCAUGCAAGUUGCAGCAGGAGGAGCCCAUAGUUUUGUACUCACCCUUUCUGGAGCUAUCUUUGGAUGGGGACGCAACAAAUUUGGUCAACUAGGUCUUAAUGAUGAAAAUGAUAGGUAUGUUCCUAAUUUACUAAAGUCACUAAGAACUCAGAAAAUAGUUUAUAUUUGUUGUGGAGAAGAUCAUACUGCUGCACUAACCAAGGAAGGUGGAGUGUUUACUUUUGGAGCUGGAGGGUAUGGUCAGUUGGGUCAUAACUCUACCAGUCAUGAAAUAAACCCAAGGAAAGUUUUUGAACUUAUGGGAAGCAUUGUCACUCAGAUUGCUUGUGGAAGGCAGCACACUUCUGCUUUUGUUCCUUCAUCAGGACGAAUUUAUUCUUUUGGACUUGGUGGUAAUGGACAGCUAGGAACUGGUUCAACAAGCAACAGAAAAAGUCCUUUCACUGUGAAAGGAAAUUGGUUCCCUUAUAAUGGGCAAUGUCCACCAGAUUUUGAUUCUGAAGAAUAUUUCUGUGUAAAAAGAAUUUUCUCAGGUGGAGAUCAAAGCUUUUCACAUUACUCUAAUCCCCAGAACUGUGGGCCACCAGAUGACUUUAGAUAUCCUGAUCCUUCGAAGCAGAUCUGGACUGUGAAUGAAGCUCUAAUUCAAAAAUGGCUGAGCUACCCCUCUGGAAGAUUUCCUGUAGAGAUAGCCAAUGAAAUAGAUGGAACGUUUUCUUCGUCUGGUUGUCUAAAUGGAAGUUUUUUAGCUGUUAGCAAUGAUGAUCACUAUAGAACAGGCAUCAGAUUUUCAGGGGUUGAUAUGAAUGCUGCUAGGCUUUUAUUCCACAAACUUAUACAACCUGAUCAUCCUCAGAUAUCUCAGCAGGUGGCAGCUAGCUUGGAAAAGAAUCUUAUUCCUAAACUGACUAGCUCCUUACCUGAUGUUGAAGCAUUGAGAUUUUAUCUUACUCUACCAGAAUGCCCCCUGAUGAGUGAUUCCAACAAUUUCACCACAAUAGCAAUUCCCUUUGGUACAGCUCUUGUGAACCUAGAAAAGGCACCACUGAAAGUACUUGAAAACUGGUGGUCAGUACUUGAACCUCCACUAUUCCUCAAGAUUGUAGAACUUUUUAAGGAGGUUGUGGUACAUCUUUUGAAACUCUACAAGAUCGGCAUUCCCCCUUCUGAAAGAAGAAUUUUCAACAGUUUUCUUCAUACCGCAUUAAAGGUUUUAGAAAUAUUACAUAGGGUAAAUGAGAAAACUGGACAGAUUAUACAAUAUGAUAAAUUUUAUAUACAUGAAGUACAAGAAUUGAUAGACAUACGGAAUGAUUAUAUCAACUGGGUCCAACAGCAGGCCUAUGGAAUGGAUGUCAACCAUGGAUUAACUGAGGUGGCAGAUAUCCCUGUUACAAUCUGCACAUAUCCAUUUGUAUUUGACGCCCAAGCAAAAACUACUCUGUUACAAACAGAUGCAGUCUUACAGAUGCAGAUGGCUAUUGACCAGGCCCACAGACAGAAUGUCUCCUCUCUUUUUCUCCCAGUGAUUGAAUCUGUGAAUCCUUGCUUAAUUCUAGUGGUACGUAGAGAAAAUAUAGUAGGAGAUGCAAUGGAAGUCCUUAGGAAAACAAAGAAUAUAGACUACAAAAAGCCACUCAAGGUUAUAUUUGUUGGAGAAGAUGCUGUUGAUGCAGGAGGGGUACGCAAAGAAUUUUUCUUGCUCAUCAUGAGGGAAUUAUUGGAUCCUAAAUAUGGCAUGUUUAGGUAUUAUGAAGAUUCCAGGCUCAUUUGGUUUUCUGAUAAGACAUUUGAAGACAGUGAUUUGUUCCACUUGAUUGGUGUUAUCUGUGGAUUAGCAAUUUAUAAUUUUACUAUUGUGGACCUCCAUUUUCCUUUGGCUUUGUAUAAGAAACUGCUAAAAAAGAAGCCAUCUCUGGAUGAUUUGAAAGAACUAAUGCCUGAUGUUGGGAGAAGCAUGCAACAGUUACUGGAUUAUCCAGAAGAUAAUGUUGAGGAAACAUUUUGUCUUAAUUUUACGAUCACAGUUGAAAACUUUGGUGCAACAGAAGUGAAAGAACUGGUUCUAAAUGGUGCAGACACAGCUGUUAACAAACAAAAUCGGCAGGAGUUUGUUGAUGCUUAUGUGGAUUACAUAUUCAAUAAAUCAGUGGCUUCCUUAUUUGAUGCUUUUCAUGCGGGCUUUCAUAAGGUCUGUGGAGGAAAAGUCCUUCAGCUCUUCCAGCCGAAUGAACUACAAGCAAUGGUUAUUGGAAAUACAAAUUAUGACUGGAAGCAACUGGAAAAGGGGAAGUGCGUUUGAUCCCUGGUCAGGGAACUAAGAUCCCACAUGCCGCGGGGCAACUAAGCCCGCCCGCCACAACUACUGAGCUCACGCGCCUCAACAAGAGAGCCUGCACGCCGCAAACUAGAGCCCACACGCUCUGGAGCCCCCGUGCCACAACUAGAGAGAGAAAACCUGCACGCCACAACUAGAGAGAGACCCGAAGAGACAGUGCACCAUAACGAGAAGAUCCCGCAUGCCUCAACAAAGAUCCCGUGUGCUGCAGCUAAGACCUGAUGCAGCCAAAAAAAAUAAGGAAAAUAAAUAAAUAAAAUCAAUAUUUUUAAAAAGAGAAAGAGAGAAUAGGUGGGUGAGUUGAGUGACUUAGAACGAAGAAAAUUGAAUUUGAAGCCUCCAGAGGGACAGGGUUGUCAAGAGGCAACCAGUGUCACACUGCAGAAUCUCUGAAAGGCUCAGGAAUCGGCACAUCAUGCUACUGUAAUGGCAGGGAUGCAGGGCAGGGCUAAAAGCAAUAGGAUUACUUCAGAGCUAAUUUAAGGAAUUAUUAGACCUCUCACAUCCCCUUUCCUACCCAGCAAAAUACAACUCUGGAGAGAGGCUUUAGAAUCUGGGAAAACAGGUAGAACUGAAGCUGGCACUCAGAAAGCUGGUAGCCAGGCUUAAAUCCUCUAGGAAGGAGAUUGAAGAUUUUUUUGGGGGGUAAAUUGAUCUGCUGAAGAGAAGAAAGCUGUAUUGACUUUAAGGAUACCCCAGUGGAAAUGGACCCCACCUUCAGUCACUCUACAAUGAAAACAAUGUAAUGACCUCUCAUCACACUUUAGAUCCUACACAGUUUAUCCUUCUUGCCUCAUCUUCUUUCAUUCCUCCUCUCACUCUGCUUCAGCCUUAUUGGCUUCUUUGCUGAGCCUAGAACCCUCCAGUCUUGUGGCCUUUCUAUUUCCUGUGUCUGGAAUUCUCUUCACCUUGGUAAUUCCAAAUGUUUCUUGCUCUCACUUCCUUUAUGUCUUUAUAUCUUUUCAGAGACCUUCACUGGGUAACUUACUAAAAAUUGCACAUGUGCACAUAUACAUCCCUAUCUCCCUUCUGUGCUUUUUUCUUCUUUGAAUUUGACUAAAUAAAAUUUUACUUAAUUGUCUUUACUGUCUGCUGCUCCUUACCCCCCACUACAAAUGUAAGCACCAUAAAGGCAGGAUUUUUUUCUCUUUGUUCACUGCUGUAUUCCCAGAGCCUUAGAAGGGUACUCAGUAAGUAGUUAAAACCUUGCCUGAAGAUAUAACUGAUAGAAGUGUUCAUUCAGUAAGACAAGACAUUUUUUUAGUAUAUUUUAGUGUACUUAGUAUACUUAGUUUUUUCCACUGUGUACCUGAUUCAUUAUAAUUUCAUUGAUUAUGAUUUGUGACUUUAAAUGCUCUUCUUCAUCAGGACUGUGUACACAUUUCCCCAGAACCAUCUUGAGGUUAAAAAAAAAAAAAAAAAGGAAAAUAGAAAAAACUAGGCAUCCUCCUUUCAUUUCCCCACUAACAUGCUCACAGACUAAUUCAAACAAGUUAAUACGUCAGCUGAUUUCUAAAAUUCAAACCAUUUUCUCCAAACCUUUAUAAAUUAAUAGCAAAUAUGUUGUGGAUUUCUCAAGAGUUCAGUGAUUGAGAUAAUCAUGGCUACAAAAAGAGCCCCAAAUUCAAGAAGCCCACAAGCAAAUAUUCAUUGAGCCCCUACUGGAUGCCUGAUAAUAUGCAACAGAUUAGGAAGAGAGCAGUAAAUAAGAGUGAGACAUGGUCUUUGUCCUCUAUUAAGGAAGCUGGACAUUAAAUAAUUGAACUGUGAUGAAUAUAAAGGAAGAGAGUUUAGUGAAUGGUAUAUAAGGAGAAGCCUGACCUAGGGUACAGAAACUGGGAAAACCUCUCAUAGAUGGUACUGUUCACCAGGUAAGUAAGAACUUUGUUCACCGAAGUUUCCCCAUGGCCCCAAAUUUUGACUAAAGCUCAUUAUAUAUGUGCUGAAUGAGUCAAUGAAUGAAUUAGGUGACAUUUAAUCUGAACCCUAAAGGAUAAAUAGAAAUGAGCCUGAUGAACAAGGAAAGGAGGGGUGUGUGUUAUAGGGGAAGUAUGUUUGCUGUUCUGUUGCAAAUUACCCCAAAACAUAGUGGCUGAAAGAUGACAGGGACAUUUAUUAUCUCACAUAAUUUCUGAGGGUCUGGAAUUCAGAGGUGGUUUAGUCCAGUGAUUUUAGCUCAGACGUCUCUCAUGUGGUUGCAGUCAUAAUACUGACUGUUGCUGUUAGUCAUCUGAGAUUUAAGGAUAGAAUUUCCCUUCCAAGAUGGCUCACUCCCAUGGCUGCUGACCAAAGGCCUCAGAAUCUCACCAUGAGGACCUCUCCAUGGGGCUGUUUGAAUGUCCUCAUGAAAUGGCAGCUGGCUCCCCCUCAGAGUGAGUGAUCAAAAAGAAGCUAAAGCCACAGAAGUUUUUGUCAUCUAGCCUCAGAAGUCAUGUAUUUUCAUAUCUACAGUAUCCUAAUGAUCAGAGGUCAGGUCUGUUCGGUGUGGGCGGGGACUACACAAGGGUGUGAACAGCAGGAGGCAGAGAUCUUGGAGGGCCGUCUUGGGAACCACCACAGAAAAUUACUAGUGUUGCUCUUAGAGCCAUUUAUUUUUUAAAGAGAAGAUAGAAUAAUACAAAACAAUUAGUAUGACUUCUGUUCAUCAAUAUCGGGAAAGAAAAUUUUAUAAUUAUUACAGAUACUUAAUUCCAUGUUGAACUUUAAUAAUCCAUUAAUAUUUUAGUAAUUCUGGUUUAUCCUUUAAAUAUUAACUUUGGAAGAUGAUAUUACAAUCCUAUCAUGUUCUUUGAAUUGUUAGGGGGGAGACAUUUCUGCUGAUUCAUAGGUAUUUUCUUCCCUUUCCCCUGGAACUAAUAGUUGCAAAAUGCCCAAGAAGUAGUAAGUAAUUAACUUAAUCACAUGAGUUUCAAACACCUGGACAAUGUUAGCUUUAUGUGCUAAGGAAGCCAGUUUGUCAGAUUCAAGAUAUCCCUUAAUAUUAAUAAAAGGUUGUG